AUGCUUCUUCAAUUGAUAUUGUGGACAACCCUUCUACUCGAGUCUAUCUCUGCCAAAGAUGUCUACUAUGAUUGGCAUGUUACUUGGGUUACUGCUGCCCCUGAUGGAUACGAACGUUCGGUAAUCGGGAUCAACAACCAAUGGCCCUGCCCCCAGAUCGAUGUCGAUGUUGGAGACCGGCUCAUCAUAGAUGUUCAUAAUGAUCUGGGGAACCAGGACACAGGCAUUCAUUGGCAUGGGCUCCAUCAAUAUAUGACAGGGUACAUGGAUGGAGCACCCGGUGUAACUCAGUGUCCCAUACCCCCGGGCCGAUCCAUGCGUUAUGUUGUUGACGUCAAUCAAACCGGGACUUAUUGGUAUCACUCUCAUCGCAUGGGCCAGUAUCCGGAUGGGCUACGAGGAGCGCUCAUUGUUCACGAUCCCGAUGCCCCCUUUGAAUACGACGACGAAUUCACUCUACUUCUCUCCGACUGGUAUCAUGAGGAGAUGACACCACUGAUACAGAGCUAUCUAUCCGAAAACGAUCCAGCAACCGGCGGGCUGGAGCCUUUGCCUGACUCGGCAUUAGUCAACGAUGCCACCAACACAACAUUCCCCGUCGAGCCUGGCAAAACAUAUUUAAUUCAUCUCAUUGUUGUCGGAAACUGGCCAGGCUUCGCGUUCUUGUUUGAUGACCAUGAGAUGACUGUUGUGGAGGUCGACGGAGUAUAUAUUGACCCGUUUCCAGUCGGCAGUCGCAACCUCCGCCUCGCGACGGGUCAGCGCGCAAGCAUCCUCCUUCGUACCAAGGACGAUACCAGCAAGAACUAUGCCUUUUGGACCAUCAUGGACAUCAACAUGAUGUUCAUAUACGAGAACCGUACCAUUCCCGAGGGCUACAAUCCGAAUGCGACCGCUUGGCUAGUUUACGACGAAACGAAGCCUCUCCCUCCGGCUCCCCCUCAGUAUGAGUUUGAUUUUGUUGAUGAUUUGGAGUUUGUGCCUUUCGACCACGAGCCGCUUCUUGAACCUGUUGACCAUCAGAUCAUUAUGGAUUUCAAUUCGGCGGCGGUAGAAGGCGGCCUGACGCGAUUUGUGAUCAACAACCAUACUUAUUAUGAGCAGCAAACUCCGACCCUCUAUAGCGCAUUGAUGAUGGACUCUCACCACACGGAAAAUAAUGUGUCCGCAUAUGGAGCGGUCAAUCCUUAUGUGGUCAACUACGGUGAUGUGGUCGAGAUCGUGCUCAAUGACUACCACAGUAACCUUCAUCCAUGGCAUUUACACGGCCACCAGUUUCAAUGUCUCCAACGAACAAUUCCAAAUGGAGGGUACUUUGACGGUUAUUUCGCCAACAUUUCAGCAACUCCCGUUAAGCGCGACACUUUGAUGGUGCAAGGCCAUGGGCAUUUCUUUGGGCUGAUCGGCUUUGUACGAGUCUGGCUGUUUCAUUGCCAUAUCGAGUGGCACGUCGUCAAGGGAAUGAUCACCACCAUUAUCGAAGCUCCCGACCGUCUCAAAGACAUGGAAGUCCCAGAGGACCAGCUCCGGCUCUGCGGCAACUAUCCAUUCGCGUCGGAACUGAGCAAAAAACCUGGCAAGUCGAGAUCGAAGACUGGUCAGAUGGAGCCCAAACAUUGA